AUGGAGGAAGCGAUGGAGCUGCGGACGGACGGGAAUUCCCUGCUAAAGGCGGUGUGGCUAGGCAGACUCCGGCUGGCCAGACUCCUGCUGGAAGGCGGGGCCUACAUUAACGAAAGCAACGAGAAGGGUGAGACCGCUCUCAUGGUGGCCUGCCGCACUAAACACGUGGACCAGCAGAGCACAAGCAAAGCCCGGAUGGUGAGGUACUUGCUGGAUAACAGCGCUGACCCCAACAUCCAGGACAAGUCCGGCAGAACAGCCCUGAUGCACGCCUGCCUCAAAGGAGCCGGGGAAGAGGUCGUUUCUCUGCUGCUGGAGAACGGAGCCGACCCGAGCCUAGAAGAUCACUCCGGAGCAUCUGCUCUGGUUUACGCUGUCAACGCAGAUGACAAGGAUGUGCUAAAGCAUCUCCUGAAAGCCUGCAAAGCUAAGGGGAAGGAGGUGAUCAUUAUAACUAUGGACAAAUCCUCGGCGGGUACCAAAGCUACCCAACAAUACCUCCACGUCCCGCCAUCGCCAGAGCUGGAGGAGGGGCAGGGCCUGGGCGUGUGCAUGGCGCCUUCGGAGAGUGAACUGAAAGCGCCCACUUCAGGCUCUUCAGCGGCCGCAAAGGAAGAGCCCUUCUUCCGCUUCCACUCCGCGCACGCCAGCGGCGGCCAGCCGGCCAAGGCCCUUCCCGAGCCCUGGUCUCCUACCAGGAAACUCUGCAAUCCCAAAAGAGCCCGUUUGCCACAGCUGAAGAGGCUGCAAUCAGAACCGUGGGGCUUGAUUGCACCUUCUGUUCUAGCCUCCUCCGCCCAUCCAGCCGAGGCCAAGGUGUGUGCCGGGGAUGACAUCACCCUGGGCAUCAGUGACUUGUCGCUCUCCAGAAAGGUUUCCUUCCCCAGGAACGGCAGCAGUAAGAGCAAAGACCUGUCUCUCUUCCCUUUGGUGGAUGACCAGGCUCUGAAGAUCCCACCAACUUCUGUGCCAGGAUCAAGGAAACCAUCCUACGAAAAAGUUCAGCCCCUUCCUCAACGCGUAGCCAGGAGGAACGCGGUCCCCGCUGAGCCGGAGAACACCAGCUCCGCCAGCUCGGGCUCCACACCCUUCAAAGACACCCUGCGCCGGAGAAGGCUGGGCACAGCGCAUUACGAUUCGGAUUCACAGCUCUACUGCGACUCCAGCUCCGUUCUGGCUGAUUCGAGGAAGGGGCCUUUGGAGAGAAACCAGCUCAACAGUUCCCAUUCGGCUUUGUUCACCAGCUCCCGGGAAUCCCUGGACAGCGCUCCCAGCACUUCUCCUGGGACGGUUCGCCGCAGGCCACCCAAUCUGCUGGAAAGACGGGGAUCUGGGACUCUCCUGCUCGAUCACAUUUCUCAUACAAGACCAGGGCAUUUGCCUCCUUUGAAUGUAAACCCCAACCCGCCAAUUCCCGACAUCGGCUCUAGCAGCAAACCGUCUUCCCCGCUCGCUGCGGGCUUCAAACCCAUAGUACCCGCUGCGCCGAGUUCACCGAGAAGGGCUGACUGGCGAGCCAAAAAGAAGCUGCUUCGGAGACACUCCAUGCAGGUUGAGCAGAUGAAACAACUCUCCAAUUUUGAGGAAAUAGUGGCCCAGUAGUUUGUAUUUCAGUGGUUUUUCCAUAAACACGUGCAAAGUC